GAAGUGCAGUUUGGUGUUGCGGCACAUGGAGGGCGGAGGGCGGGGGAGGAACUGCAAUGGGAUGGCACACUGUAUAUUGGGAGAGGCAGCAGGAAGGACUGCGUAUUUCAGUUUCCUAACCCUGACCUUUAGCAAUGCGGGCAGUCGAGUUUCUUGGAAGCAUCAGGACGGGGGGGGGGUGUUCGUGCCUCCCCCCGCACCCUCCCCCCCCCCGGACUUUGCCUGCUCCGUGCUGGUUUAAUUUCUCCAAGCAGGAAUGCGCUGAGAUGUUUCCCCAGUUGUGGCGCUGACGUUUGGAGCCAUGUGAUGGGCCCCCUUUCGCUAUAAGGAGAGAAGAAAGGCCGCCCUCUUUUGGACUCAGCCCCAGCCUUUUCAAGAUCUUUCCCAAGACUCUUCCCCCCCCCCCCAAUACUAAUCGCUCUCCCUCCUUCCCUGGAUCCAUUAAUGUCCGAGGGCUCCUGCGAGGAGGAGAAAGAGAGGAACCAACUCCAGGGCGCAGCCAAGGGGGAGAGAUUUCCCGCUGCCUGCUCAGCGGAGGCUGCUGCUGACUGUUGUGUUUGUUGCUUGUUCGCACCAGGGCUGCAGAUCCUGGCUCUGUCUGGGCGGAUUCGCCGCCUGGAGCAAAGCAGGGGGACUCCAGCGUGCACGGCUCCCCGGCCCCGCCGCCCCCGAUGAGCCGCUCCGCCAAGCCAUGACUCUGAGCUCGGAGAUGUCCGAUGCCUCGGGACUGGCUGAAGAGACCGACAUCGAUGUGGUGGGCGAGGGCGAGGAGGAAGACGAGGAGCCCCGGCGCGGCGGGCGCCCCUAUGCCCAGGAGGAGGAAGAGGAGGAGGAGGAGGAAGACGAGGAGGUGGGGGAGCUCCCCGAUGACAUCUCGCUGCCCAGGUCCCCGGCGUGCGGCGGCGCGGGCAGCUCCCCACCUCCUCCCAGCGCCCCUACAAGGCGGCGGCGGGCGGCGGCGGGGCCAGCAAGAGACAACGGCAGCUUCCUGCGCCGGAGGAAGCGCUUCAAGCGGCAGCCGCUGCCGGCGCCCGAGCUGCUGCUGCGCGGGGUGGAUCCCGGCACCUUCCUGCAGCAGCAGCCGCCGCCGCAGCAGCCGGCGCCCUACGGCUACGGACCCUACAGCUGUGGAUAUGGCAUUCAGCUCCAGCCUUACCACCCCCACUCCGCCGCCCUCUUUGCCUUUCACCACCACUCCCCGCCGGCCCGGCAGCCGCCCCCGAGCGCCGCCGGCCCCGUCCUGCCUCCUGCUGCUGCCCCUGCAGCUCCACCAGCCUCCUUACUGCCAGCGGCGGAGCUGGCCAGGACCUUCAGCUACCCGCCCCAGCUUAGCCCGUCCCUGACUUCUUCUCUGCACGCUGCCAAAUCCAGCAGCUCGGCUCUGGCCCGGUCCCCCUUCUCCAUUGAGAGCAUCAUCGGGGGGGCUGGCAGCAGCUGUGCGUCCCAGUCUGCGGUGGUUCCCGUCUUAGCCAGGUCUCUGGUUUCUUCGUCCUCCGUUUCUUCUGCCGCUGCGGCCUUAGGGGCACUGCACCAAGGGACAGUCUUGUCCAAUGUCGAAAACUUUACUGCUAGGAUUUCAAAUUGUUAACGAGUUAAAGUCUUUCAGAAGGUAGGAUUCGGGGUAUAUCUUUUUUUCACCUUCACGAGUUGAAACGGACAUUUUAUACAGCCGAUUUGUGUCCUGCCACUUUGUUGUUCGGUACCUAUAUUUAUGCAAAGCCAAUUCUAUAUGCUGCAUAGGCAGAAACUUUUGUUGUUGGAAAGUUAUAUCUUAUUCCUUUAAAAAAAAUCUCUAAACCAUUGAAGUUCGGAGAUUCUCAGGUCCAGGAAUUCAAAAACAAUAAUGUACAAGAGAAAUGAAAGGUCGUGAGGGAGGACAAUAAAGCAAUACUUGUUCAUUUUA